CCAUCCACCGGAAAACAUGAAUCACCGAAACUCCUAACAACAUGCGCUUCUGCUCCUUAUUUCUUGAUAAAAAAUUGCCAGUCAAGUUGUAUUCCGCGAUCACCAUUGAUGUGCAAAAAAUGGCGACAAUAGCUUCAGAAGAAAACUAUCUGGUAUCAGUAACCUGACCUUCGAUCCAUAGAAAUAAAUCAUGUGCUUCCUUGAAGCCAUGAAGAAAGGAGCUAAGCAUGCUUGGAGCAGUUGAGGGCUGCUGUGCUUGACGGUGAUGGCCCACAUUAUUCUACGAUCUGCCUGGCGCCCGUCGAGGAUCCAUUGCAGGUGCAAUGCAGGAUGGCAAGCACACGAGCUACGGAUUCCUACACCCUACGGUUUCCUGGCGGCUCAGGAAUGGACUAAGGGUAACGGGGAGAAAAAUCUAUUGAUGCUGCACGGGUAUCAAGAUAAUGCGUCAAGCUUCGACAACCUCGUUCCGCACCUUGAUCCACGGUGGCGCAUAGUGGCCCUGGACUUCACCGGUCAGGGCCUCUCAUCCCAUCUUCCACGUGGCUCCAUCUACAGCACAGAUGUUUUUAUGAUGGAUAUCCGACGAGCCAUCACCUUUUUAGGUUGGAAGGAAUAUUCCCUACUGGGCCACAGCAUGGGGGGUCUCACUGGGCACCAUUACGCAGCUACUUUUCCACGAGAGGUAGAGAAACUGGUCGUCCUCGACGGAUUCUGCCCCAUGCACGUCCCUCCGAGCAAAGUUUGCGGCAAUUUUCGGCGGAUAAUGUCGGAACACUUAAGAUUAGAGGGUAAGGGAGAAAGCGAUGCCACGUCAUACACAGAAGAAGAAAUUGUGAAGCUGUACACCGACUCUGCACUUGUGCCUUACCUACCAGAGGACGCGAGAUGCCUCAUGAAACGCGGAUGUAGGAGGACAGCGGAUGGAAGAUACGUCUUAAACCGAGAUUAUCGAAUCAAGGCCACCUACUGGAAUCGCGUGGGGCGGCUGGCGAUGAUUCCCUUUUUUCAGAACUUCAGGAAUGAGAUGCUGGUAGUGAACGUUGUGCCCGGGCUGGGCGUGUCCCCAGUUGGUCUGAGGAAGCUGGCCAGUGCCUGUGAGACAUCGUGUUCCAAGUUUGUGUUCACAGUGAUUGAAGGGAACCACCAUGUCCACAUGAACAAGGCCGCUGAAGUGGGGGAGCAUGUUAGAAAAUUUUUAGAGGGGACAACAAAAAUUAAGUGAGCAAACUUAUCUGUAAGAAAGUAAUUAAAUAGUUUGCAUUAUGGCAAACGUCA